UUUAAAAGUAUAAAAAGCGAAGAAUUUUUUAAAAAAUCAUCAAUUCCUAUUAAAUUGCCAACAUGAAUUGUGCCAAAGUGAUCAUCAUUUUAUUCGGUUUUAUCUGUUUUGGUGCCGCCGUGCCCGUAAAAGAGCACUUUAACUACACCUCAGAUGGCGUCAAUGUCGAAAUCGAACUCGCUCUUGAUCUGAAUUUGAUCGUCAAUGUCAAUGGAGAAAGUGUUUUCCCGCCAAAUGUGACGGAAACACCUCCAACGAACAUCACAACGACAACUCCUUUCCCCACGACGUCAGGAAAUUGGACGACACCGAGCAACACAACCAUACCACCACAUUGGAAUACAACCGCAAAUUGGAAUUCAACUACAACCUGGUCGACAGGAAAUUGGUCUUCAACAACGCCUCUUCCAACAUGGUCCACGAGCAAUGGCACUGCUCCGGGAAAUAUUACGACAACAACUCCUCAAACGACGACAAAUCGAUCCGCAGAAGCUGAACCUUCGUUCAUGGGACGUGUUUUUAGAUUAUUCUAA